UUAUUUAUUUAAAAAUAUUAUAUAUACAUAUCUAUGUUCUUAUAUACAAAAUUAAUGGAAUAACAGAUGAAGGAUCUACUGAUGCAGCUUCAGCAUGUACAUAACCAAUUAAAAGAUAAAAAUGAAGUUGCUAUUAUAAAAGGAUAUAAUUGCACUGCAAGACGGUAUACGAUUGUACUUACAAUAUUUGGCGCUUGCAUCCCGUUUAUCUUUAUUAUUAGCCAAUAUUGGUACAUCAUCGGUGAUUUACCAAAAAACGUAUCUCGAUUUCGUCGUUUGCCAAUUAUGACGCAGUACUUUAUCGAUCAAGAAAAAUAUUUCAAUUUAAUUCUGUUGCAUAUUUUUGCAAUAAUUUGUACCGGAACGAUUGCGAUAUUAGCAACAGGAACAAUGUUUAUCGCGUAUUUUAUGCAUAUAUGUGGACUGUUUAAAAUUGCUUGUUAUCGUAUUGAGCAUGCAAUUAAUAUUCACAUUCAACAAAAUAAUAUUACACAGAAAAAUAAGAUUUGGAUGACUAAUGGCAUAAUUUAUGCUGUCGACAUUCAUCGGACAGCUAUGAAAUUGUCCACACAUUUAACUUCCACACUCGAGACAAUGAUGUUUCUUUUAAUUGCGAGUGCUGUGACUUGCACAACUUUAAAUAUGUUACAAAUUUUUCAGAUAAUUUCGUCUAAAAACUUCGAAGAAUUGUUUUUGCCGACUGUAAUUAUAACAAUCAUCCUUAUAUACAUGUUUGUAGGCAACUAUAUCGGACAGCUUGUAAUAGAUCACAAUAGUCACGUAUUUUUCACUACGUACAACGUUCAGUGGUACAGAGCCCCGUUACAUAUACAAAGAAUGAUACUAUUUUUAUUACAAAAAGAAUCCAAGAAGUUUACUUUGACUGUUGGUGGGCUAAUUACUGCAUCCAUGGAGUGUUUUGCCACGAUCCGGCAUCAAAGAGAAUCUUUUAAAGCCAUGGGAUUUUCCUGACGAAGUUGCUCAAGUGUGUUUCAUGAGUGCGCAUACUAGAAUGAAGUGUCGGGACUCGAAAGGAGAAAAUACGCCUGCGUAGUUUUCCUGGCUAUAGAUUAAUUUAUGGGAAAGACACAUCAGUCAAAUAACUUUUAAUGAAGAAAUAAUCGUGCAGAUUAUACUAUAAAGAAUAGUACAAUGCAAGAAAUUUGCUAAACUGAACAUGUUUCGGUCUCAUGGUUGACAUGUUACAGUACUAAAGAAAUUUAUGUAAAAGAAAGAAAAUAUUAAACAUUUAAUGGACUAGUAGAGAAAAAA